CUGUUUUCUCUGACUCAUGCACGACAACCUAACAGACCGGCUCCGUCGAAGAGGGCUGAGUGCUAGAGAGCGACGCCAUAUACACAUGCACUCAAAUAUCUUCAAUGGCAGUGACCUUUACGAUCUCAAUGACCAGGAGAAAACUUUGGCCAUCAUUCGAGGAAGUGUCCACCCUGAGAUGCCGGGGCCUGGGCCGGGUAUGGUCAUGAAGAGCGCUAGAGAGAUGAAGGCCAGGAUGCUCGCUGGUGAUGAUACCGUCGAUGCGGCCCGAACUAGGGUUUCUUAUGAUGCAAACCUAUUGCCGACCUCUGAGAAUCUUAAUAUGGGCGGCGCUAUAGACUUCAGAAACGAUCCGAAGAAAGCGUGGUAUCAUCCAGCCCGAGAGCUCGGGCGUCGUCAUGGUCGGGAUGUCCCUGCUCGGACGAGGACGCGCGAGAUGGAAUUGCAGACGUCAUUUCUACCAUAUUCAGGAGAUCGUACUGUCUGCCAAAAAAGUGUUGCUGACGAUGAACACCAAAAAACCAAGUCCAGAGACUUAGCGUGUUUCAAAGACGAUGUUGUAUUCACCUGCGGUAGAAGGGGCGGCUUCCUGAACUCAGCCACUGAGAUUGGGCGUCGGAGACAUGGCAUACAGUCGAUAGACCCGUGUUUGACAGCACGUGAUAAGAAGCAACAAGACCUGUUCGUCUCUCGGGUGUUCUCUCACGGUGGAUAGAAAGAAGUUUGCAUGGCAUCAGCAGUGUUCGG